AUGGGAGAUCCAUCAUUUUUCGAUCAGAUGAUCAGUCAUCUUCGAGCAACUUGCAAGUACUAUACUGGUUAUCCGAAGGAUCUUGGACUAUCACGGGUUAUUCAUUUUAGCUCUGAGCGUGAGUUUGUCAAACUCCUUCAUGAAGGUUUUCCCGUGGUUGUUGCUUUUACUAUCAGGGGGAAUUACACACGACAUCUUGACAAAGUAUUAGAAGAAGCUGCAGUUCAGUUUUAUCCUCAUGUAAAAUUUAUGCGUGUUGAAUGUCCAAAAUAUCCUGGCUUUUGUAUAACACGGCAGAAAAAGGAAUAUCCGUUCAUUGAGAUAUUUCACAGUCCAACACAUGCAGCUAACCAGGGAAGGGUAGCUGAUCCACAUAUUACUAAAUACAGUGUGAAGGUCUUACCUUUCAACUACGACGUUAGUUCUUAUGGAUUUAGAGAAUUCUUUAAGCGACAUUGGAUAAGACUAUAA